AUUUACCAUCAUGCGAGAUGCAACACCACGUUUAGUUUACUUUAUUUUAAAUAAUAAAUACAAAAAUGUAGAUACGCUUUUAAUGGUGAAACGCCGCGUUUAAUUUUUAUGUCUCUCUCGGCUAUUCGUCGUAUUCGACGACGCCUGCAGUGGUAAUCAACUUGGAUGAGUCAUGAGACCGGCAACUGAGGUAGCGACACGGAUAAGCCAGGUACUAAUUUCGGCAUCCAACUACACAAGGCCAACACGAUCUUGGACCCCGUGUCUGGAACAAACUCUCCAUCGAAUCGGUGUUCGCCACUCACUGAGUCCAUCUUUGGUAGCCGGAGUUAUCGACCCGCAUCUAUUAACUCACCACUCACUCGCCCUUGGCUUCUUCAACUGGGCCUCUCAACAGCCCAACUUUACUCACUCCUCUCUCUCUUAUCAGUCAGUCCUUAAAUCUCUGUCUCUUUCCCGCCAGUUCAACGCCAUCGACUCUGUUUUAAAGCAAGUCAAAGUAAACAAAAUCAUUCUCGAUUCUUCUGUUUACCGCUUUAUAAUUCGCUCAUUGAUUCAAGGGAAAGAUUCCCAGAAAGCGUUUUCGGUGUUUAGUGAACUCAAGUCGAAAAGUGAAGAAAUCGGGCCUGAAAUAUGCAACUCUCUAUUGGCUGCUUUAGCUUCUGAUGGGUAUUUUAAUAGUGCAUUGAAGGUGUUUGAUGCAAUGACUCAAAGAGGUGUAGAUUUUAGUACUAUUGGUUUUGGUGUGUUUAUAUGGAGAUUUUGUAAAAAUGCCGAAUUGGGUCAAGUACUAAGUACGUUAGAUAAUGUUAAAAGGAGUUAUAAUUCCGUGAUUAACGGGUCAAUUAUUGCAGUUUUGAUAGUUCAUGGGCUUUGUGAAGCUAAAAGAGUGGAAGAGGCUUAUAGGGUAUUGGAUGAGUUGAGGAUUAGAGAGUGCAAACCUGACUUCAUUGCGUAUAGGAUUGUUGCCGAAGAGUUUAAACUAAUAGGGAGCGUGUUUGAAAGAGAAACAGUUUUGAAGAAGAAAAGAAAGCUGGGAGUUGCUCCGAGAACUAACGAUUAUAGAGAGUUUAUUUUAGGUUUGAUUUUGGAGAGACGGAUAUGUGAAGCAAAAAAAUUGGGUGAAGUGAUUGUUGGUGGGAAUUUUCCCAUUGAUGAUGAUGUUUUAAAUGCAUUAAUAGGAUCGGUAUCAAGCAUUGAUCCUGGUUCUGCAAUCACGUUUUUAAAUUUUAUGAUUGAAAAAGGGAGAUUACCAACAUUGUUAACAUUAGGUAACUUGAGCAGGAACUUACGUAAACAUGGCAAAAGUGAUGAAUUGGUGGAGGUUUAUAAGGUUUUAUCUGCAAACGAUUAUUUCUCAAAUAUGGAGAGUUACAAUGUGAUGAUUUCAUUCUUGUGUUCGGCAGGGAGACUGAGAGAAGCAUAUAUGGUACUUCAGGAGAUGAAGAAGAAAGGUUUAGCCCCAGACAUCUCAUUUUAUAACUCUCUUAUGGAAGCAUGCUGUAGAGAAGAUUUAUUGCGUCCUGCUAAAAAAUUGUGGGAUGAGAUGUUUGCUAGCGGCUGUAGCGGGAAUCUGAAGACUUACAAUAUACUAAUUGGGAAGUUCUCAGAAGCAGGUGAAGUUGAAGAUGCUUUGAGGCUCUUUCACCAUAUGUUGACAAAAGGGGUGACACCCGAUACUACAACCUAUAUGUCCCUCCUCGAAGGCCUCUGUCAAGAAACAAAUUUUCAAGCUGCUUUUGAAGUCUUUCACAAGUCUGUUAAUCAGGACACAAAGCUGGCUCGCAGUAUAUUGAGCACACUUAUCCUUUCUCUCUGUCGUAAAGGUCAUUUUCUUGUUGCUACUAAGUUCCUUCAUGGUCUUACUCCUGAUAUAGGACAUUCAGACUCCCAUGUAAUUUUGCUGAAAUGUUUAGCUGAUGAUAGAGAGGUUCAAAUUGCCAUUGAACAUAUAAAAUGGAUUGAGAAAACCUCACCAUCAAUGUUGCAAGUUAUAUCUACUGAACUAUUAGCAUUGCUUUCUUCAUCUUCACAACCAGAGCCUGUUUUACAAUUGCUACGGGCAGUGCAAGAAAAUUUUCUCGAUUCCAACAGUGUUGGACAGAAACUUUGCCGCUGAUAAUACACUGAAUAUUUGCGGGCGUUUUAUUGGUAUGAUAAGGCUUUGACGGUGGUCAAUACGUCAGUGCUGGAUUUAGUAAUGUAACAAUAAAGAGUAAUUGUAUGCAUUUCAUGUGGCCAAAACAUCAGUUGAACUGAAUCUG